GACUAGGGUUUGGUCUCAUUCUGAGAAAUUAAAAUCGAAAUCGAAAUCGAAAUCAAAAUCAAAAUCAAGAUGAUGAUUGAUCCAAGAGUCCGGUAUAACACGGAGAGAAUCAAAUCGAUGUUUAUGGAGCUGCCAGCAAAGAAAAAUGUUGGUGAUUUGAAAGAAUCUGAUUUAAAAGGGAAAAAAGUACUGGUUAGGACUGAUUUUAAUGUUCCUUUGGAUGCUAAUCUCAACGUUACUGAUGAUACUAAGCUUAUCAAUGCUCUUCCUACUCUCAAUUACUUGAUUAAUUAUGGAGCUAAAAUUAUUAUCUGCAGUCAUCUUGUAGCCCCUCAUGGUCGUAAGUACAGCUUGAAGCCUGUUGUGUCUAGACUAUCUGAGCUCCUUGGAGUCGAUGUUGAAAUGACAAAGGGAUGUAUCGGGAUGAGAGUUCACAGUUUGGUUUCCAGAAUGCCAAAUGGAGGUGUCGUACUCCUUGAAAAUGUGAGAUUAUACAGAGGAGAAUUGAAGAAUGCCCCUGCCUUGGCGAGGAUACUAGCAUCUUAUGCCGACCUCUAUGUCAAUGAUUGUUUUUUAACUGCUCACAGAACUGAUGCUUCCUCGGUUGGAGUCACCAAGUUCUUACGGCCAUCUGUGGCUGGUUUCCUUAUGCAGAAGGAACUUGACUAUCUUAUUGGAGCUGUAUUGAAACCCAAGAGGCCUUUUGCUGCCAUUGUUGGGGGUAUUAAGCUCUCACGGGAGAUAAGAGUAAUUGAAUAUUUGCUGGAGAAAGUUGAUAUCCUCAUUUUGGGUGGAAGAAUGAUCUCCACAUUCAACAGAGCCAAUGGCUUACCCGUCGGAUCAUCCCCUGUUCAGGAAGACAUGAUUGAUACAGCAAAGUCAAUUAUCGAGAAGGCUAAGGUCAGGGGAGUGGUUCUUCAUUUACCAGUUGAUGUUGUGAUUGCUGACCAGUGUGCACCUGAUGCGAGCUGCAAGACUGUAGCAGCAGCUAGUGUUCCUGAUGGUUGGAUGAUUUUGGAUAUUGGUUCGGAUUCAAUCCAGGCAUUCAAUGCAUCUCUUGAUACAGCCAAGACUGUUUUACUUCAUGGUUCGUUAGGAGUUUAUAAUUUUGACAAGUUCGAACAUGGAACGGAAGCAAUCACCAUGAAGUUGGCUGAGCUAACUGGAAAGGGUGUAACAACAAUUGUUGCAGGUGGUGAGUCAAUUAAAACUAUCCACAAACUAGGUUAUGCUGAAAAGGUAAGCCACACCUCAACAGGAGGGGUUUCCAGUGAUGGGCUAUUGGAAGGAAAGUUACUUCCUGGUAUUUAUUCUUUAGAUUCAGGUUGUUGAUGAUAUUGUCUUUUGGAAAUACGUUUGGAAGAUACGAUUGGUUGAUAUUUUGAACUGGGAUAUUUAUCAGUUUAUGUAGGAUCUGAGUAAGUAAACACGGUUUUUAGUUUCGAUGUUAACAAAUGAUAUUUUGAACUGGGAUAUUUAUCAGUUUUUAGUUUCGAUGUUAACAAAUGAUUUUCUAUCAAAUGUAUUUCUUCUAU